GCAUCUGCAUUGCCCAUGUUUUGAUUCUCGUCCCCAUUCAUCAUGCUCCGAUGUCUGUCGUGGCGAUGUAUUCUGAUAUUGGUGUCAUCCCUGUCUGCGCUUGGAGAUGCCGAUUCUGCACAAUUAGACGGGGCUCCCCCUUCUAAAAUCGCCAUAGUCGGAGCCGGGAUCGGCGGAACUGCGACGGCACAUUUCCUACGCCAACACUUUGGACCGGAGGUGCGCAUCGAUGUUUUUGAGAAGGGCACAGUCGGGGGCCGGCUGGCGACCGUGACCGUCAACCACCAGGAGUACGAAUCCGGAGGCUCCAUCAUCCACUCCCUCAAUCUGCACAUGCAAGACUUCGUGAAGCAGCUCGGUCUCAAGCACCGGCGCAGCGUGGCGGGGAAGACGGCGGUGUUUAACGGGGAGGAGUUCAUCUUGGAGGAGACCGACUGGUACUUGCUAGACCUCUUCCGACUGUGGUGGCGCUAUGGCAUCAGCUUCAUCCGCCUGCAGAUGUGGGUGGAGGAGAUCAUGGAGAAGUUCAUGAGGAUCUAUAAGUACCAGGCCCAUGGGUAUGCCUUCAGCUCGGUGGAGGAGCUGCUGAACUCCCUCGGGGGUUCUGGGUUCCUCAACAUGACACGCCGCUCCCUGUCUGAGUCACUGCUGGAGCUGGGAGUCUCCCAGCGUUUCAUCGAUGAGGUCAUCGCCCCCAUAAUGAGGGUCAACUAUGGUCAGAAUAUCAGCAUUCCUGCUUUCGUAGGUGCAGUGUCACUGGCAGGUGCACAGGCCAACCUGUGGGCAGUGGAAGGAGGGAACAAGCUGGUCUGUCUAGGGCUGCUGAAACUGGCAAAGGCCAACCUCAUCCCAGCACAAAUCACCACCAUAUCACCUCACACAGCAGGAGACUCCACCCAAUAUCAGCUGAGCUACGCCACUAAAACGGAGAAGAGUUCCGAGGUUUACGACAUUGUGGUGGUGGCCACACCCCUUCAGCCCAGCGUAGGGGCGGGCAUCUCCUUCCAGGGCUUCGAACCUCAGCUUCCUGAAAUUGGGGGCUCCUACCACCACACAGUGGCAUCCAUUGUCCAUGGCUACCUGAACUGCUCCUACUUCGGCUUCCCGGACCCCAAGCUCUUCCCCUUCGCCAGUGUGCUGACCACUGACACCCCCGGCCUCUUCUUCAACAGUGCCGCCAGCGUCUGCCCCGUCAACAUCAGCACCAGCUUCCGGCGCAAGCAGGCCCAGGAGGCCGGCGUCUACAAAGUCUUCUCCCAGGAGCCCCUGGGCAAGUCCGAGCUGAAGACUCUCUUCAAGUCCUACUACUCGGUGCAGGUGACGGACUGGCAGGCAUACCCCCACUACGGCAGCACUCAGGGGCUGCCGCCGAUGGUCCUGCACGACAGCCUGUACUACCUCAACGGCAUUGAGUGGGCCGGCAGUGCCAUGGAGAUGAGCUCCGUGGCUGCCAAGAACAUUGCGCUGCUGGCCUACCACCGCUGGAGCCGGCAGUUUGAGAUGAUCGACCAGAAGGACUUGAUGCACAAGAUCAAAACCGAGCUCUGAGCUGUGACCUCGCAAUGGGGGAUCAAGGGGACAGGAGGGCAGGGAGGUUGAGAGAAAGGGCACCACUUGGGUUUUUUUCUGUGGUGCGCGGCCUAUAUGUUGCCUUCUCCUACAAAGAUUCGGGUAGGCCUGCGGCUUGUAAUUUCCUUUGAGCCAUCCUCACAGC